CCACGCCAACCAUGACCUUGGGCCGAGGAGGGAUGGCUUCGGUGGUGCUGAACGUGGGCGGCGCCCGCUACUCGCUGUCCCGGGAACUGUUGAAGGACUUCCCGUUGAGUCGGGUGAGCCGGCUCCACGGUUGUCGCUCGGAGCGGGACGUGCUCGAGGUGUGCGACGACUACGACCGGGAGCGCAACGAAUAUUUCUUCGACAGGCACUCGGAGGCCUUCGGCUUUAUCUUGCUCUACGUGCGCGGCCACGGCAAGCUGCGCUUCGCGCCGCGGAUGUGUGAACUCUCCUUCUAUAAUGAGAUGGUCUACUGGGGUCUGGAGGGCGCACAUCUCGAAUAUUGCUGCCAGCGGCGCCUAGACGACCGCAUGUCUGAUACUUACACCUUCUACUCAGCGGACGAGCUGGGUGCGCCUGGCCGCGAGGAGGCACGGGCUGCCAGGGGGUCCGAGCCAGCGGCUGCCAAGAAACGCUGGCUAGAACGGAUGCGCAGGACCUUCGAGGAGCCCACAUCCUCGUUGGCCGCGCAAAUCUUAGCCACCGUAUCGGUGGUGUUCGUGAUCGUAUCCAUGGUAGUACUGUGUGCCAGCACCCUGCCAGACUGGCGGGCAGCAGCUGUGGACAACCACAGCUUGGAGGAACAGAGCAGGUACACCGCCGGCCCUGGGAGGGAGCCUUCCGGGAUAAUUGAAGCCAUCUGUAUAGGUUGGUUCACUGCAGAGUGCAUUGUGAGGUUCAUCGUCUCCAAAAACAAGUGUGAGUUUGUCAAGAGACCCCUGAAUAUCAUUGAUUUACUGGCAAUCACUCCCUAUUACAUCUCAGUGUUAAUGACAGUCUUUACAGGAGAGAACUCUCAACUUCAGAGAGCUGGAGUCACCUUAAGAGUACUUAGAAUGAUGAGGAUUUUUUGGGUAAUUAAGCUUGCCCGUCAUUUCAUUGGACUUCAGACACUUGGAUUGACUCUCAAACGGUGUUAUAGAGAAAUGGUUAUGUUACUUGUCUUUAUUUGUGUUGCCAUGGCAAUCUUUAGUGCACUUUCUCAGCUUCUUGAACAUGGGCUGGACCUGGAAACAUCCAACAAAGAUUAUGCCAGCAUCCCUGCUGCCUGCUGGUGGGUGAUUAUCUCUAUGACUACGGUUGGCUAUGGUGAUAUGUAUCCUAUCACAGUGCCUGGAAGAAUCCUUGGAGGAGUUUGUGUAGUGAGUGGGAUCGUUCUAUUGGCAUUGCCCAUAACUUUUAUCUACCAUAGCUUUGUGCAAUGUUACCAUGAGCUCAAGUUUAGAUCUGCUAGAUAUAGUAGGAGCCUCUCUGCUGAAUUCCUGAAUUGAUGUGUUGCUGCUCUCCUACUGCUUUGUAUUACACGUCCGCUGACCGAAGAAAACAUCAAGUGCUCCACAAGAGUCUCUUGCUGGAUGAUUUCUACAAGGAGGUUGUCAUCAGCUUUGUCGGGUAAUUGUAAUUCUGCCCAGCUGAGGAGGCGAAUGUUUCAUUUAUUAAGAAAGAAAUAGGAUGGAACUUAAGGAAGGAAACUCAUGGUGAUUCUUAGAAUGACAAAAGGAAGACUUCAGGACAUUAUUUAGAAUUUAUCCUCUUUGCCUUGAAUAACUACAGAUUUCAAAAAGCACAUAUUAUUUAAAUAUUUAAAAACUUAAAGGUCUUAUUUUCCAAAUGUAUUUCAAUGCUUGUACUCAGAAAAAAAGUUUGGAAUUUAUAGUAUUUUGGUUAGUUGGGGGAAAGCAUUUCUAUUUCCUGAUGGUAUGCAGUUUUUUUUUUUACAUCUUUGUCAGGAGUAAUCCAGAAAUAUAUACUGCAUGCAAGAAUGGCUCAAUGCAUACUAAAAAGAUUUGGCUAAAAAAUUUAAGCUAUUGAAUGAGGCUAUAAAGCAAACAGGGAUAAUUUUUGACUCUUCAGCAUCUCUUUCAAUUUACUAGUUAUAUUUUGCUCUAAUUAUAAUACUCACUGUAUAUUAUAGCUUUGUUGAACUUUGAAUGUUGUAUUCCUUUAAUGUCCAGCUGGAUUUUUCUUUUAUUUGUUUCCUUAUAUAUCCAUCCAUAAGUGAUUUAAGAGCAAAAAGAGUUUCCUAAGUUACCCUCUCAUCAGAUCAUAUCAUAACAAGUUGAUGGCAUCAAAGGGUUUUGCCCUAUUAGAUAUUGUGGCCCAAUGAAGAGUGCUGAAAGUGGAAAUAGGAGAACUGGGUGCUGGUCCUGUCUUAGGCACUUAUUAGUUGUGUGACCAUAGCUAAAUCACCUGGCCUCUCAAAGUCUCAGUUUCCACAUCACUAAAAUGAGGAAAAUAAUACAUGUACUCUCUAUUUCACAGGGCUGUUGGAAAUCUUCAAGCAUCAUACUGAGUUUUUAGAAAUCUGCAUAAGGCUUUGGUUCCAACAUUGCAAAAUCAAUAAAAAGAGUUUGAUCAAUGA